AUGGUUGGCAAGAGACUUUGGAAUGGCGACCCUGCCAAGUAUGACCGAGAGGCUCGGCACCGCGGCCAAGGCUACGUCGGCGACCGUCACCCCCGGGACCUAGAGACUGGGCGAUACCAUUCAUUCGACGGUCGCAAGUCGAGACCCAAGCCUGGGAUCCUAAGGUUUCAGGAUGCUGCGCGCACAGCACUCGAGGACGCCCGGCGCGGUGAGAUCAAGAGAGCCCUUCUUCAUGGUAUCGACAGAGAGGGCCUUGAGCAGUAUCGCAAGACGGAUGAAGAGUUGAAGGCUAUGAAGAAUAAGAAGUUGAGGGCUUUUUAUGAGGCGCAGAAUGAGAGGUUGAAUGAUUGGCUUGAGGUGGAUGCUGUGGUCAUGGCUAUUGCGGAUGAUGUCCUCGAGUCGAUGAAUCCUGAUCCGGACCAUGACGGCGACCAGGAGCGCUGUGGAGGAAUUCAGCGUGUUGAGGGGAAUAUUGGAGAGCUGCUACCUGAUGAAGAGAAGGAAAAGAGGAGAAAAGCGAGCAGAAGGGCGAACUGGGCUAUCAACAUCAACGUGAUAGCCAAUAUCUUGCUUCUCGCCGGUAAGGGUUUCGCUGUCUUUACCACCGGAUCGCUUUCUCUGGUGGCAUCGCUCGUCGAUUCGGCUCUGGAUCUUCUCUGCACUCUCAUCGUCUGGUCGACAAGUCGUCUCGUUCUCUGGCGACUCGAGGCGAUGCGUCGUCGAUUCCCGGUUGGAAAACGCCGUCUCGAGCCAUUGGGCAUCUUGGUCUUUUCCAUCAUCAUGGUCAUCUCAUUUCUUCAGAUCCUCCAAGAGUCAGUCUCGAGACUUCUUCCGCCUCACGCAGAAGCCGAAAUUCUCAGCUGGGCCGCCAUCACCUCUCUUCUGGCAACCAUUGUCCUCAAAGGAGCCAUCGGCCUCGGCUGCCGACCCAUCAAGACCAGUCAAGUUCAGGCCCUUGUUCAAGACUGCAAAACAGACGUCAUCUUCAACACGCUCUCUCUUCUUUUCCCCUUUAUCGGCUACCGCGCCAACAUCUGGUGGCUCGACCCCGUCGGCGCAGGUCUCCUCUCCCUCUUCAUAAUCUACGACUGGGGCCACACAUGCUUCAACAACGUGGUCCGCCUCUCAGGCGAAGCAGCGGACGAUCACACCCUCAAGAAGCUCAUCUACCUCGCAUAUCGGUUCGCGCCCGUCGUUACGGGCUUCAAGAACGUGACGGCCUACCACGCGGGAGACGGUGUCUGGGUCGAGUUUGAUGUGCUGCUGGACGAGAAGACACCGCUGAAUAGAUCACACGACAUUGCAGAGACGCUGCAGUAUUGUGCUGAGGGAUUGGGAGAAGUUGAUAGGGCGUUUGUUACGACGGAUUAUGCUGCUUUGGGGCCUUUGGGACAUGCGUUGGAUGCUGAGUGGAACCACUGA